AUGCGUAACUACGCAGGAGGCUGUGAAUCGCUGUGGGGGGACCAUGGUCAGGAUGCAUUGGAGGCUGCUCAUGUCUGUCUGAUUAAUGCUAGUGCCACUGGAACUGAAAUCCUGAAGAACCUGGUGCUUCCUGGAAUUGGAUCUUUUACCAUAGUAGAUGGCAGCACUGUCGCUGGGGAGGAUGUUGGCAAUAACUUCUUCCUAACCAAAAGCAGUAUUGGACUGAACCGAGCCCAAGCAGCCACAGAGCUGCUGCAGGAGUUGAAUAGUGAUGUCAGUGGAAACUUCAUGGAGGAGAGCCUUGAACAACUGCUUGAAAAUGACCCUACGUUCUUCCUCAAAUUCAAUGUGGUGAUUGCUACGCAACUUUCAGAAAGUUCGUUGCUACGUUUAUCGGCCAUCCUUUGGAAUGCUGAUGUGCCACUGCUGGUGUGUCGAACAUAUGGGCUGGUUGGUUACAUGAGACUGGCUGUAAAGGAGCAUCCAGUUGUGGAAUCACACCCAGAUAAUGCACUUGAAGAUUUGAGACUUGAUUCGCCUUUCCCACACCUGAAGGAUCACAUUCAGGCUUAUGACUUGGACAAAAUGGACAAAAAGGACCAUAGUCACACUCCAUGGAUAAUUGUGGUAGCCAAAUACCUGGAAAAGUGGUGCAGUGAGCACAAUAGUCAGUUACCAACAACAUACAAAGAAAAGGAAGCAUUUCGAGAGUUAAUACGUCAAGGAUUAUUAAAGAAAGACAAUGGAACACCAGAAGAUGAAGAAAACUUUGAUGAAGCGAUCAAAAAUGUCAAUACUGCUCUGAAUCCUACUAAGAUUCCAAGUAACGUACAGGAGCUGUUCAAGGAUGAGAGAUGCACCAACAUCAAUGCACAGAGUCCUCCAUUUUGGAUCCUAACCCGAGCUGUGAAGCAAUUUGUGGAAAAAGAAGGACUAGGAAACUUGCCAGUACGUGGCACCAUCCCAGAUAUGAUUGCAGACUCAACUAAGUUUAUUAGACUACAGAACGUGUAUGUAACCAAAAUAUUUUAACCAAUGUAUUUGCCUUUUCCACA